ACAAGUACUUCUAGUUAGGCCAAGUUCAGUCACUUCUGCUGAUCUGGACUAAAACGUUAUGGACAGUAACAGUGGAGAAACACAUCAGAGAUCGCUCUAGACUCACGGGGGCCUCCACGUUCUGCCUGGUGAGCAGCUUCCACUGCAGAUUGGAUCCCUCUUUAAAGCAAAAGUGAUGGCGUUUUAUCCACUGCAAAUCGCCGGCCUGGUUCUUGGCUUCCUGGGCAUGGUCGGGACUCUGGCUACCACUCUUCUGCCUCAGUGGCGAGUAUCAGCUUUUAUUGGCAGCAACAUUAUUGUCUUUGAAAGGAUCUGGGAAGGGCUCUGGAUGAACUGCGUCCGACAAGCCAAGGUCAGGUUGCAGUGCAAGUUCUACAGUUCCCUGCUGGCUCUGUCCCCUGCCCUGGAAGCAGCCCGGGCCCUCAUGUGUGUGGCUGUUGCUCUGUCUUUGAUUGCUCUGAUUAUUGGCAUUUGUGGCAUGAAGAAGAUUCAGUGCACAGGUUCUAAUGAGAGGGCCAAAGCCUACCUUCUGGGGACUUCUGGGGUUCUCUUCAUCCUAACGGGCAUCUUCGUUCUGAUUCCAGUGUGCUGGACAGCCAAUAUCAUCAUCAGGGAUUUCUACAACCCAGCCAUCCAUGUAGGUCAGAAACGAGAGCUGGGAGUAGCGCUUUUCCUUGGCUGGGCAAGUGUUGCUGUCCUCUUCAUCGCAGGAGGUCUGCUCUGUGGGUUCUGCUGUUGCAACAGAAAGAAGCAAAGGGACGGAUAUCCAGCCCCGGGGCCUAGCAUGCCACGCACAGAUGAGAGACGUCGGAACAUGGCAAGGCAGAGUGAGACCCCCACCAGUUACGUCUGAUAUCUACUCUUGGCUCAAACUGUAGAUAGUGAACAAUGUGUCUUAAAGAGUCGUGUCAGAAACUGUAAGUGCAAGGACAUCAGGCGGGAGAACUUGCUUUAUGACUGUUUUAAAUUGAGAUGAAAAGUUCAGAGGCCGUAUGAGUGGUAGUCACCUAUGCUAGGAAUAGAAAUGACUUACUUUGGAUAGUCUGACCUCAUGUGUGUUAAAUGCGUUUACUAUGAUUGGAUUCAAACAAUCCCCAUUCUAAUUUGUGUGGUCUAAAAUCAAGUAUAUCUGUGAUCCUCAGUGUAAUGAUAGACUGCUCUUUUUUCCCAAUCAUAUAUUACCUGUUAAGAAAUCCAAAUUCUUUUGCAAUUGAUCACCCAUAGCAAUAAAACAUAUU